CUACCGGAAGGAGGCCGAAGGGAAGUUGUAGCCAUGACUGUGGCGGUGGCCACCGCCGGGGUCCUGAUGGGCUUGGAGCCCGGCCCCGCGGAAGAGCUCGCUAAACUCGAGUACUUGUCUUUGGUGUCGAAGGUUUGCACGGAGCUGGACAACCACUUGGGCAUCAACGACAAGGAUCUGGCUGAAUUUGUGAUCAGUCUUGCUGAGAAAAAUACCACCUUUGAUACUUUUAAGGCUUCUCUGGUCAAAAAUGGUGCAGAAUUCACAGAUUCUCUUAUUAGCAACCUGCUGCGUCUCAUACAGACCAUGCGGCCUCCGGCAAAGCCUUCUACUAGCAAAGAUCCAGUUGUUAAACCCAAAACUGAAAAAGAAAAGCUGAAGGAACUCUUUCCUGUUCUUUGCCAGCCAGACAACCCUUCAGUUCGGACCAUGCUGGAUGAGGAAGACGUGAAAGUUGCUGUGGAUGUCUUGAAAGAGCUGGAAGCCUUAAUGCCCAGUGCAGCAGGCCAAGAGAAGCAAAGAGAUGCUGAGCACAGGGACAGGACAAAGAAGAGGAAGCGGAGUCGGAGCCGAGACCGCGACAGGGACCGAGACAAGGACCGAGAGCGAGACAGAGCCAGAGACAGAGAGCGAGAUAGAGACAGAGACCACAAGCGGAGACACCGCUCCCGCUCCCGGUCACAUUCCAGGACCCGAGAGAGGACUAAAGGGAAGUCUAGAUACCGGUCCAGGAGCAGAAGCCAGAGUCCCUUCAAAGAUCGGAAGGACCGGGAAAAGUAUGGGGAGAGGAAUCCGGACAGGUGGCGUGAAAAGCAUGUGGACCGCCCUCCCCCUGAAGAGCCUGCCAUUGGGGACAUUUACAAUGGCAAAGUGACCAGCAUCAUGCAGUUCGGUUGCUUCGUGCAGCUGGAGGGCCUAAGGAAGCGGUGGGAAGGCCUGGUGCACAUCUCUGAGCUCCGACGGGAAGGCCGUGUGGCCAAUGUGGCUGAUGUUGUGAGCAAAGGGCAGAGGGUCAAGGUCAAAGUACUGUCCUUCACUGGGACCAAGACCAGCCUGAGCAUGAAGGAUGUGGAUCAAGAGACAGGAGAAGACCUAAACCCGAAUAGACGUCGAAAUCUGGUCGGGGAGACCAAUGAGGAGACGUCCAUGCGGAACCCAGACAGACCCACUCACCUGUCCCUCGUCAGCGCCCCUGAAGUGGAAGAUGACUCUCUGGAACGCAAGCGGCUCACCCGCAUCUCUGACCCUGAGAAGUGGGAGAUCAAACAGAUGAUUGCUGCCAACGUGCUUUCCAAAGAAGAGUUUCCAGACUUCGAUGAAGAGACUGGCAUUCUCCCGAAGGUGGAUGAUGAAGAAGACGAGGAUCUUGAAAUUGAGCUGGUUGAAGAGGAGCCUCCGUUCCUGAGAGGGCACACCAAGCAAAGCAUGGACAUGAGCCCCAUCAAGAUCGUUAAGAAUCCAGAUGGCUCACUCUCCCAAGCAGCCAUGAUGCAGAGUGCCUUGGCCAAAGAAAGGCGGGAACUGAAGCAGGCCCAGCGGGAAGCUGAGAUGGAUUCUAUACCCAUGGGACUCAACAAACACUGGGUUGACCCCUUGCCUGAUGCGGAGGGGAGGCAGAUCGCUGCCAACAUGAGGGGGAUUGGGAUGAUGCCCAACGACAUUCCUGAGUGGAAGAAGCAUGCGUUUGGGGGCAACAAAGCUUCUUACGGGAAGAAGACCCAGAUGUCAAUCCUUGAGCAGAGAGAGAGCCUGCCCAUCUACAAACUGAAGGAACAGCUGGUGCAGGCUGUGCAUGACAAUCAGAUCCUAAUUGUAAUUGGAGAGACCGGAUCUGGGAAGACAACACAGAUCACCCAGUACCUGGCAGAGGCAGGCUACACUUCCAGGGGCAAGAUUGGGUGUACCCAGCCCAGAAGAGUGGCAGCCAUGUCCGUGGCGAAAAGAGUAUCAGAGGAGUUUGGUUGUUGCCUGGGUCAAGAGGUUGGCUACACCAUUCGGUUUGAGGACUGCACCAGCCCAGAGACUGUCAUCAAGUACAUGACGGAUGGCAUGCUGCUGAGGGAGUGUCUGAUCGACCCUGACCUCACUCAGUAUGCCAUCAUCAUGCUGGACGAGGCACAUGAGAGGACCAUUCAUACAGAUGUGCUCUUUGGACUGUUGAAAAAGACAGUUCAAAAACGACAGGACAUGAAGCUGAUUGUCACCUCAGCCACGCUGGAUGCAGUGAAGUUUUCUCAGUACUUCUAUGAAGCACCCAUCUUCACCAUUCCGGGUCGAACCUAUCCAGUGGAAAUACUAUACACAAAGGAGCCCGAGACAGACUAUUUAGACGCCAGCCUCAUCACUGUCAUGCAGAUCCACUUAACAGAACCACCAGGUGAUAUCUUGGUUUUCCUGACUGGUCAGGAAGAGAUUGACACUGCUUGCGAGAUCCUGUAUGAAAGAAUGAAAUCCCUGGGUCCUGACGUUCCCGAGUUGAUCAUCCUCCCAGUGUACUCUGCCCUUCCGAGUGAGAUGCAAACCCGAAUCUUUGAUCCAGCUCCUCCUGGCAGCAGAAAGGUCGUGAUUGCCACCAACAUUGCAGAAACAUCUCUGACCAUCGAUGGCAUCUACUAUGUGGUUGACCCUGGAUUUGUGAAGCAGAAAGUUUACAAUUCUAAAACAGGGAUUGACCAGCUUGUGGUGACCCCUAUCUCUCAGGCUCAGGCAAAGCAGAGAGCUGGCAGAGCUGGGAGAACCGGCCCAGGGAAGUGUUACAGGCUAUACACAGAACGUGCCUACCGAGAUGAGAUGCUCACCACCAAUGUGCCCGAAAUCCAGAGAACCAACCUGGCCAGCACGGUGCUGUCCCUCAAGGCCAUGGGCAUUAAUGACCUGCUGUCUUUUGACUUCAUGGAUGCCCCACCGAUGGAAACUCUGAUCACAGCCAUGGAGCAGCUGUAUACGCUGGGAGCCCUGGAUGAUGAGGGCCUGCUCACUCGCCUGGGCCGCAGGAUGGCGGAGUUCCCUCUGGAGCCAAUGCUUUGUAAGAUGCUCAUCAUGUCUGUGCAUCUGGGCUGCAGCGAGGAGAUGCUGACCAUCGUGUCCAUGCUGUCUGUGCAGAAUGUUUUCUAUCGACCCAAGGAUAAACAGGCCCUUGCAGAUCAGAAGAAGGCCAAAUUCCACCAGACGGAAGGGGACCAUCUUACCCUGCUGGCCGUGUACAAUUCCUGGAAGAACAACAAGUUCUCCAACCCGUGGUGCUAUGAGAACUUCAUCCAGGCUCGUUCCUUACGCCGGGCCCAGGACAUUCGCAAGCAGAUGUUAGGCAUAAUGGACAGGCACAAGCUGGAUGUGGUGUCCUGUGGGAAGUCCACAGUCCGAGUGCAGAAAGCCAUCUGCAGCGGGUUCUUCCGGAACGCUGCCAAGAAGGACCCGCAGGAGGGUUACCGGACCCUGAUUGACCAGCAGGUGGUCUACAUCCACCCUUCCAGCUCUCUCUUCAACAGACAGCCAGAAUGGGUGGUAUACCAUGAACUGGUGCUGACCACAAAGGAAUACAUGCGUGAGGUCACCACCAUCGACCCUCGAUGGCUUGUGGAGUUUGCUCCGGCUUUCUUCAAGGUUUCUGACCCAACCAAGCUAAGCAAGCAGAAGAAGCAGCAGCGCCUGGAGCCUCUGUACAAUCGCUAUGAGGAACCAAACGCCUGGAGAAUCUCCCGCGCCUUCCGUCGGCGCUGAAAGACAGCUCCUCGAUUGCCUCUCCUGCAGAGUGGCUUCCUCUGGCUGAUACCAACCUGACCCUGUGAUGACCUAUCUUAACCUGAACCUUUUCCAAACCUGACUGUCUUCAUAGUGUAAGACAUCAACACAUCUAACUAGGGCUUUGGCCAGAGCCUUUAAUCCCAGCACUUGGGAGGCAGAGGAAGCUGGAUCUCUGAGUUCGAGGACAGCCAGGACUGCACAGAGAGACCCUGUCUUGAAAAAUCACCACAAACAAACAAAAAGUCAGAUAGGUUGUGCAUCUUGGGAUGGGAAGGGGAGUGAGUGAGCAUUUAUGAUGCAUGACGGACACAGCAAGGACCCUGACACCCCAGCUCAGGCUUGCUGAAGGAAUGAACUGUGACACUCAUGUACCACAUUGGCCUCACUCCCUAUUCCCUCCCCAGUCUCUGUACUUGGGUUUUUACAUCCUGGAAAUAUUUAUUUUCCUAAGAAAACAGUGGCUUAUUAUGACGUUCUCCUGUGGGCAGGGGCAGCUGAGAUGUCAGGCUUUCAGCCUGAGUUCAGUGUGGUACCCAUGGUGAGGUUUCCUAACACCAGAGCCCAGGCCUCACGGCCCAGCCCAGGCCCAACCUCCAGUGUCUUUCAGCACCGCCGGAGCUAGCUCAGCCUUGGCAGUGCACGGCCCCAGAUGAACCAAGUCUGUAAUAGAGUGCUUCAGCCUGGAGCCUAGCCGUUACAGAUGCCACACCUGAACAAAAAGCUCUCCUCAAUCCUCUGUCCCCUCCCUGCCACACUCUCACUGAGCGGUGUGUUCUGUUUCCUUUGAAACAAAGCGCGUAAUGACACUGUGA